AUGUCACAAAUUAUGGACAUUGAUUUGAAAAACGAGUUUCCAGAAGUAAGUGAAAAAUCAGGAACACCCGUAAAACAAGAAAACAAUCAAUCAGGAACACCCAUGUUUCGUGAUGACAUUAUUAUGAUUGAAACCAAAACUGGACAAGCUUCAAAUGUAUCAGAAGUUGAGUCGACAAAAGAGGAUUUGACGAAAACAAUCGAUGACAAGAAGGUUAAGAAUCAACGUCUUAGAAAGGAAAGGAAAGUUCAGAAACAAGUUUUCGAACAAGAUAAACAAAUUUUAAAUCACAAUAAGAUUAAAGACACUGCAAAACGGUUCCAGUUUUUACUUGGUCAUUCAGAGUUAUUUUCACAUUUUAUUGAUUUAAAGAAAUCAAAAGAUCAAGAAUUCAGACAACUUGUUGAAGAAACUGAGAAGUUUAGAAAUUCGUUUAACGAAGAUUCUGGAUCUAAGCGACAUCGGAGGACAGAGAAAGAGGAAGAUGAAGAAUUACUCAACGAUGAAGCAGACGAAUCACAAGAUGUUACACGGGUUUUCAAUAAAUCCCCAAGUUAUAUCAAGAAUGGAAUUAUGCGCGAUUAUCAGCUUCAAGGCUUAAACUGGAUGAUAUCACUUUUCGAAAACGGGAUCAAUGGAAUCUUAGCAGAUGAAAUGGGCCUCGGUAAAACUUUACAAACCAUUUCGUUCCUUGGAUAUUUGAAACAUUUUCGGGGCACGCCUGGACCACAUCUUGUCGUUGCACCAAAAUCAACCUUAAACAAUUGGGCAAAAGAAUUUAAUAUGUGGAUGCCAGAUUUUCAUAUAAUUGUUCUACAUGGAACCAAAGAAGAAAGGACGCAAUUAAUUACGGAUAGAAUGAUGCCCAAGGAUUUUCAAGUUUGCAUAACUUCUUACGAGAUGUGUUUAAUUGAAAAGGCCACGCUAAAAAAAUUUGCCUUUCAAUAUAUUAUUAUCGAUGAAGCCCAUCGUAUAAAGAACGAAAACUCAAUGCUUUCUCAGAUUGUCAGACUCUUCAAAUCACGGAAUCGAUUGUUAAUUACUGGAACUCCCCUUCAAAAUAACCUUCACGAAUUGUGGGCUUUACUGAACUUCCUUUUACCUGAUGUGUUUAGUUCAUCAGAAGAUUUUGACUCAUGGUUUAGUUCUCAAGGUGGAGAUCAAGAUAGCGUCAUUCAACAACUGCAUAAAGUAUUACGACCUUUCCUUCUUAGAAGAAUAAAAUCUGAUGUUGAAAAAUCAUUGCUUCCAAAAAAAGAAAUAAACCUAUACGUUGGCAUGACAUCUUUACAAAGAAAAUGGUAUCAAAGAAUUUUAGAAAAAGAUAUCGCUGCGGUGAACGGUGCCGUAAGUAAGAGCGAAAGCAAAACUCGUUUGCUGAAUAUUGUUAUGCAAUUACGAAAGUGUUGCAAUCAUCCUUACCUUUUCGACGGGGCUGAACCAGGACCACCUUACACGACCGAUGAGCAUAUUAUAGAAAAUGCAGGAAAAAUGGUCGUUCUAGAUAAACUAUUAAAACGUCUAAAAGCCCAAGGUUCUCGGGUUCUUCUCUUCAGUCAAAUGAGUCGCGUUCUUGAUAUAUUAGAGGAUUAUUGUAUAUUCCGAGAAAAUGAAUAUUGCCGUAUUGAUGGGCAGACAAAACAGGAUGACCGUAUUACUGCAAUUGAUGAGUUCAAUGCACCUGAAAGUAGUAAGUUCAUCUUUUUGUUAACGACUCGUGCCGGAGGUCUCGGAAUCAAUCUCACUACUGCAGAUAUCGUAAUACUUUAUGACAGCGAUUGGAAUCCGCAAGUCGAUUUACAAGCUCAAGACCGCGCACAUCGUAUUGGUCAGACGAAGCAAGUUUACGUUUUUCGAUUUGUCACAGAGAAUGCUAUUGAAGAAAAGGUUCUGGAGAGAGCUGCACAAAAAUUACGUUUAGAUCAGCUUGUAAUUCAACAAGGUCGAUUAGUUCAAUCACAAAAAGCUGCGAGUAAGGAGGAGCUUUUAACUAUGAUACAACAUGGAGCCGAGAGCAUAUUUAGUUCGAGCGAUAGCACUGUAACGGAUGACGACAUUGAUCUAAUUUUGCGUAAAGGCGAAGAGAAAACUGUGGAGCUUAAUAUGAAAUAUCAGAGCUUAGGUCUUGACGACCUACAAAAUUUCACUUCAGAAUCAGCAUAUCAAUGGCAAGGGGAGGACUGGAGUAAUCAAAACUCACGAUUCAAUUGGAUCGAACCUCCUAAACGGGAACGUAAAGUGAAUUACGCUGUUGACUCAUACUACAGAGAAGCAUUACGAGUUACUGCUAAACCAACUCAACCUAAAAAAUUAGCUGGUUAUAAGGUUUCAGAAGGUGACAAUGUUAAUAAUACAGAAUUUCGAGAACAAGAGCGUCAAGAUGAACAGGAUAAAAUAGAUAAUGCUGAAGCAUUAACAGAAAAAGAAGAAAGUGAGAAAGAAGCAUUAAUGGAAAAUAUAUUUGAAGAUUGGAGCAAGCGAGACUUCAAUAAUUUUGUGAACGCAUCUGCCAAAUACGGAAGAAAUGCUCUUGAAGAAAUAGCUUCAGAGAUAGAAGGCAAGACUUUUGAAGAAGUAAAGGCAUAUACAAAAGUGUUUUGGCAACGAUAUCAGGAAUUACCAAAUCAUGAAGAAAUUGUCGCCAAAGUUAUUAAAGGAGAAAGUAAAUUACAGCAAACACAUGGAAUACAGGAGUUACUUAAAGCAAAGGUUGCACAGUAUCGAACUCCUGGGCAUCAAUUACAAGUUUCAAAUCAAGCUAAAGGCAAGACAUUAUUUACAGAAGAAGAAGAUAGAUAUUUAUUGAUUUCCCUCGCGAAAUAUGGCUAUGGAACUGAAGACGUCUAUGAAAAAAUAAGGAAUGAUAUUGAAAAUUCAGAUUUAUUUCGAUUUAAUUGGUUUAUUAAAUCAAGAACUUCGGGAGAAAUAGCACGACGGUGCACUACUCUUAUAAAUCUUAUACAAAAGGAACAUGAAGAAGAUCAACAGAAGCAACCUCAGGAAGAAAAAAAGAGAAAGGCCAUUGGGGAUCAAUUCAUAAUCAGCAACGGCGUAAAUCCUCCCAAACGUAGCCGACGCUCAUAA